UAAUGGAGAAUAAUGUAAUCAUGGAAGAGUCUGAGGAGCCAAAACAAAGGGAAGAACAUCAGUCCCAGAGUUUGAUUAAGGUUGAUGAUUUAAUGCCAGGAAUUGAUGUGUUUCCCACAGCUUUAUCUGAGGAACAACUGGAAGCAGCUACAGAGAAAGCCCGACAAAAUUUGUUUGGAUCCAGUGGGAUUUUUCACCUGGAUGAUAUUGUUGAGAAAAAUGAUACAGUUUCAAUCAUAAUAAAUGAUCGGGCUAAAGAACAUUGUCUAAAAGGAAACCAUUUUCUUCAGUUUGGGGAUCUGGAGGAAGCUGUGUUUUCGUUUAGUAAAGCGAUUGCACUAAACCCUCAGAUGAAGGAGUUUUAUUUGAGAAGAGCUGAGGCAUAUCUCCAAAUUGGCGAUUUCCAGUCUUCUAUUGUCAACUACAGAAUGGCCAGUUCUUUGGAUCCCUCAGAUGAAGACCUGCGCUCACAGAUAGCACUCACCCUGUACAUCCAGGGUCAAAGUCUUUUUGAAAUGAAAUUAUAUACGGAGGCCUUAGAGGUUUUUGUACAAGCUUCAGAGAUGCAACUUGGAAAUCAUCAUUACCACAUGCGAAGUGUUGAGGCCUUGAUUGCAUUGGGAAGACUUGAAGAGUCUCUUCAACUGGUCAACGAACAACUUGAGAACGUAAAGACCAAUCCUGAGCUCUAUAUCCUUCGUGCCAGACUGCACGAUCAUUUUAACCAAAUAGCUAAUUGUUAUCAAGAUGUUAGUAGUGCCCUGGCUUUGGAUCCGACCCAUCAGGAGGCAUUAUCACUAAUGGCUACUCUGGUGAGUAGAGCUGAAGAAGCAAAGAUGCGUGCGAUUAACAAAUCCCUGAUUGGCAACUUAAAGAGUGCACUGGACAACAUCAAUGAAGCUAUCGACAAUAACCCCAAUAAAGCAGACUAUUUUGUCUUCAGGGGAACCCUGUAUAGGAAAUUCAAGAAUUUUAAUGCUGCUAUUGAUGACUACCUCUUCAUCUUGGACAAAUUAAGUAAGACAAAGGAGAGUGAUAUCUACCUGGAGACUCAGAAACAACUCCUUCUAACAUACAAUGACUUUGCAGUGCACUGUUACCACAAAGGGUUUUUCGAAGAGGCGAUUACUCUCUUAAACCUGUGUAUUAGGGGAGAAAAGCAGCAAAAGGGGCUGUACAUCAACCGAGGGGAUUGUUUCCUCAAGCAGUGUAAUCUGGACUUUGCACUGUUAGACUAUGAGCAAGCUCAUGAGCUAGACCCUGAGGACUGGCGUGUUCAAAUCCGUAUUGCUGCGAUAAACAACGAGAAAGGCCUUAUGGAACAUCAGAAUGGGAACUAUCAGGAGGCUGAACAGCAAUUUACCCAUGCCAUUGAGAGCAAUCCACAGGUGUCCCAAUACUACCUUCACAGGGCGAAAACACGAGCUAUUCUGCAGCAAAUAUCUGGUUCCCAGGAAGAUGCAAUCAUCUCAUUGCUGUUGGAUGUAAGAAAUAAAGAGGUUAUUCCACUUUUAACGCAUCUCUUCCCUGGAAAAUCCAGAGAUGAGAUUUUGGCCAGUAAGAUUGUAGCAUCUGCAAGAGCAACAUUAAAUGCUAGCCUCGUCAGGAAAAAGAUUCAGGAAAGAAGGACCCUCACAACAAAUCAAGCCCGUGAGAAUGUAGACAGAAAGAAAGAUGUGCAGAAGGCAGAAAGCAAUUUUGCACCUUGUAUAAAAGAAGCAAAUCUGUAUAAUGAAAUUGUUGAGAGAAAGAAAAUGCUCACUCAAGAGAUCAGAGACUCUCUUCAUUACAGGAAACCCCUGCUGAUUGACAGACCAAACAUCAGUAUGAUUUUAAAACCGCUAGCUAACCCCAACCAAAGUUCAGAAGCAGCGUCACCCAACAAGCCAUGCAAGUGGAAGAGCUCUACAGACACCAACUGA